AUGGCACCGCCCAUCAAGUCUGUCGCCAUCAUCGGCGCUGGCGCUUCAGGCGCUGCUUCUGCGUCUGCACUUGCAGCAGAAGGAUACUUUGACGUGAUCAAGGUUUUCGAGCGGCGCGAAGAGCCCGGCGGAACAUGGAUCUACGACGCUGUACCACCGGUUCUCAAGCUCGUCCCGGGCGGCCUGCCGCACGACAUCGACCCGCCACUUGCCAUUCCCGAGGUCCUACCGGCAACAUUGGCGCCAAAUAGCCAAGAGCGGUUCACCAAAACGCCCAUCUACGACGGCCUCACUACGAACGUUCCAGAAAUUGCCAUGUCCCUCUCCGACCGGCGCUUUCCUUAUGGCCCCUUUGUCCCUCACUGGAUCCCAAAGAACUACAUCCGGGAGUACUUCUCACUGCACGGCGACGACUCGCUCCUGUUCUUGAACACGACGGUGGAGGACAUCUCCCAAAUCCAGGAAAAGUCCCGCGGUGCGCACAACCGAUGGCGGCUCACCUUGCGGAAGCACGACCGCACGCGGGACGUCGACGAGUGGUGGCAGGAAGAGUUUGAUGCCGUUAUCCUAGGCAACGGCCACUACGCCGUUCCAUAUGUCCCCGCAGUGACAGGUCUGCCUGAAUUUCUGGUCAACUACCCUGGUCGUGUAAUUCAUUCCAAGAGCUACAGAUCACCAAAGGUGUACGCCGGCAAGCGCGUCCUCGUCAUCGGCAAUUCGGCCUCUGGCCAUGACGUUGUUGACCAGCUCAUAAAGUACGAUGGUGUACACCACCCUGUGUACCAGUCGCGCCGCUCGCGGUCGCUGUGGGAGGGCGACGAGCCACCGGAAGGUUUGGUAUGGAAACCAGUCAUCGACGAGUACAAGGCAGACGGUACGAUCGUUUUUGUCGAUGGCACGGAAUUGGGUCCGAGCGACAUCGACGUCAUCAUCUACUGCACUGGCUACAAACCUUCCUACCCUUUCUGGAACGUGCAGCAGAACGGUCGCCGGCUGUACAACUACGAAGAAAAUCGUUUCGAGGGCAUCUUUCAGCAUACAUUCGUGCGCGACUUUCCCACGCUUGGUAUUGUAGGCCUGCCUCGCACGUUGACUUUCCGGUCGUUUGAAUACCAAGCAAUUGCUCUGGCCCGGCUCUGGUCCGGCCGCGCUGUCCUCCCACCUGUCGGCGAGCAACAACUUUGGGAAGAAGAGCGCAUUGCCGAGCGCCGACACAACGGCAAGAAGUUCCACGACAUUGAAUGGGAUACAGGCGAGACGGACAACUACCUCAAUUUCCACUAUCGCUUGGCUGGGUUACCCCAAUUGGAUGGCAAAGGCCUCACGCCACCGAUUCUCAACUCGGCUACACGCUGGGCAAUUGAAAACAUUAGAAAGUACCCCAUUGUCCGGCCGUCACCACCGCCGGAUAGGGACGCAAAUCGGAGGGCAGCGGAGGAUGACUGGGUGGUUAUAGAGGGUGUCAAGGAUUCGCUUUGGUACAUUUAG